CUGUUGAACAACUUUACCAAUCGCGAGGACUUAUUUUUCCACUUCGCCCAAUCAUGUUGUUUCUAACGGUGACAAGUUUAAUCCGAUAAGCAACUUGAGACAGAAUCGCAAAUUUAUGCAACGGAGGUAUUUUUAACUCGUCGUUCGCGUUACAAGUUUUCAAAAGAUUGUCUGGCUAUGCCGAAACGAGUAAACAAGUACAAACAGUCCAGUUUGAGACGGAUACAAGAAGGUGGAGAGGCAGAAGAUAACUUCAGAGGCAAUGGAUCAACACCAAAGACACCCAUGAUGGGCAAGCGAGCCGAUAGUCUAAAAGGACUUGGUCCGCCAAAGGAUUGGGAAUUAGUGGAGAGCAUCGGCGAAGGAACUUAUGGCGAAGUUUACAAGGCAAAGAACAAGACAACAGGCGAAAUAACAGCGGCGAAGGUUAUAGAUUCCAUUCACGAGAAGAUCGAAGAUGUUCUACCGGAGCUGGAGAUUUUAACGAAGUAUUCUACCCAUCCAAACAUCGCUGGAUUUCAUGGAGCUUUUAUUAAUGUAGACACAAAAAGACAUGACCAAUUGUGGCUUGUCAUGGAGCUCUGCCGUGGUGGAUCAGUGACAAACCUUGUGAAGAGUUUAAGGAAGAAAGGGAAAUAUCUGGAUGAAGAUCUAAUUGCCUACAUCCUUUAUGAAACACUUAAGGGAAUUGAACAUCUCCACCGACACAAUGUUAUGCACAGGGACAUCAAAGGCCCUAACGUUAUGUUAACAAACAGUGCAGAAAUCAGAUUAAUUGAUUUUGGUGUGUCAGCAGAGCUUUCAAACAUUCUCAUGAGGCGGAACUCGUCAGUAGGUACCCCAUUUUGGAUGGCCCCUGAAGUGAUAGCUUGUGAACAACAGUUGGAUUAUAGCUAUGAUGUCCGCUGCGACAUCUGGUCACUGGGAAUCACUGCCAUUGAACUUGCUGAUGGUGUCACGCCACUGUCUGAUCAACAUCCCAUGAGGGCGUUAUUUAAAAUUCCAAGGAGCAAGUCACCAUCGAUGAAAAAUCCAGAGAGAUGGUCUCAUGAGUACAGGGAUUUUAUCGCAAAAUGUUUAAUAAAAGAUUUUGAAUCGAGAGCCCAUGCAAGUGAUAUGCUUGGUCAUGUGUUUGUCAAAUGGGUGCCACAAAAGAGAGAGGCUCUGCGGAGAAAGUUGAUGAAUCUGAUGGAUAAUCAGUACCAGGGAAGGGAUGGCAUCAUGGACGAGGCCAGCAAUGAGAAGGAGCAAGAGCACGUGUCAAGUCCUUUAGCAGCACAAAUGAAGGAUCCACAGCGUAACAGCCUGAUGCUGAGGGUUGACAACUUAGCAGAGCUAGGAAGUCUGACAGAGGACAUUAUCCUCAGUCAUCUCUUGGAAAGAUAUCUGAACAAUCAAAUCUACACUUACGUUGGUGAUAUUCUAAUAGCCAUUAACCCUCUGCGGACUCUGAACUUGUAUGGACCUGAACAUUCAAAAUUGUACAAAAACUCUCGCAAGAGUACUCUACCCCCUCACAUUUUCAUGGUAGCUGACAUGACGCAUCAGGCAAUGAUACAUAACAAGAAACCACAGUGCUGCUUGAUUAGUGGGGAGAGUGGAUCUGGGAAAACAGUGUCAGCUGACUAUUUAGUACGACACUUGGCUGAACUUGGAAAGGCUGGAAACAGAACAUUAGAGGAAAAGAUUCUUCAGGUUAAUCCUCUUAUGGAAGCCCUUGGAAAUGCACAGACAGUCAUAAAUGACAACUCCAGCAGAUUUGGAAAAUACUUAGAACUUCAUUUCACAUCUAAUGGAGCCCUCACAGGAGGUGUGCUGUCGGAGUAUUUAUUAGAGAAAUCCAGAGUUGUAUCACAGUCAAGUGGAGAGAGGAAUUUCCACAUAUUUUAUUACAUGAUUGCGGGUCUGGCUUACAACAAGAAAUUGGAGAAAUAUUCAUUCAAGUUGUAUUCACAACACAACUACCUCCAGACCGGAGGACGAAACCUACAAGACUUGGUGUGCACUCUGGGUAACAGGCGAAAGUUUGAAGAAGUUCAAAGAUGUUUUGACAUCAUUGGCUUCAGUCAUGAGGAAGUAUCGCAGCUUUUUUCAGUCCUGGCAGCCAUUAUUCACCUUGGAGACAUUCGCUUCACUGAAGACGAGUCUGUUUCACAUCUAAGUGACAAGAGCAUGGUCAACAAUCCACAAGUGUUACUUAUAGUUUCCUCGCUGUUGGGAAUAAAUGCAGUGGAACUCAGAGAUACUCUAACAACGAACAGCAAUGUGACUAGAGGAGAGACCAUCGUCAGAAACAACUCAGUAGAUCAAGCGGUUGAUUAUCGAGAUGGAAUGGCUAAGGUAUCGAUGUUUAACAACGCAUUUUCCUUUGUUUUGCUUUGCAGAGACAAUGAUUACAGAAUUGGAAUCCUGGACAUAUUUGGUUUUGAAAAUUUCAAACGGAAUUCGUUUGAACAGCUGUGCAUAAACAUCGCCAACGAACAGAUUCAGUUCUACUUCAACCAGCAAAUUUUUUCUUGGGAGUUGGAAGAGUAUCGUGUUGAAGGGAUUUCUCUUGAACGAAUUACGUUCACCGACAACAGGCCUGUUCUUGAUAUGUUUCUGCAGAAACCCAUUGGGAUACUUGCUCUCUUAGAUGAAGAAAGUCGUUUUCCUAAGGCCACCGACUCUACACUUGUGGAAAAAUUUCACAAGAACAUCGAAGGUCCGCAUUAUGAGCGACCCAAAGAAAACCAUCUGUAUCCAUCAUUUGUCAUUGUACAUUACGCUGGUCAGGUGAAAUAUGAUGCAACUAACUUCCUGGAAAAGAAUCGUGACACGCUGUCUCCUGACAUCAUACAUGUGUUGAGGUCGAGUGAUAAUCGGCUUGUGCGAACUCUAAUGCAGCAUCCAUUGUCUGGAUCAGGUGUUAGUGUAAAGAAGAACAGCUCGCAACCCAAUAUGCUGCAGGUGGAGAAAGACAAAAGAGUGAAUGGUCUGUUAAGCUUACCUGAAACAAAGCAGAGUCCAAGCUUAUAUUCCAACUCCACGUCAAGAUGGCAACAGACAGUCUCAGUUCACUUCAGAUAUUCGCUCCGUGAUCUUUUGGCCAAGCUGCUGCCCGCAGAAUCUCACUUUGUGCGGUGCAUUCGACCAAAUGAACAGAUGGUUGCUGGUAAGUUUGACCAGGAAAAAGUUCAAACACAGCUCAGAUACACUGGAGUGCUAGAAACUACAAGAAUCCGUCGGCAGGGAUACUCGGAGAGAAUUGUGUUUGCAGAAUUUGUGAAAAGGUACCAAAUACUCGCUUACCCUCUUCACAAGAAAAUCCCUGGCGAUGCCACGACCUGUAGUAAAAUUUUAACAAAAAGUAAGCUAGAGAACUGGCUCAUUGGUCGAACCAAAGUGUUUCUCAAGUACUACCACGUGGAGGAACUCGCCAGGCUUCUUGAGAUACACAGGAGAAAGGUCGUCACUUUACAGACAGUUAUAAGAGGCUGGUUAGUGCGAAGACGGUACGCAAUUCUGAAACGAGAAAGGCAACAAGCGGCAAUCGUCAUUCAAAAACAUUCGCGUGGUUACCUAGCCCGGAAACGUUUUCAACAGGAAGUGAAAAAGAAGAGGAAAGAAAAACGACUCAAGAGCGCCAUCAAAAUUCAAACAGUGGUACGUGGUUAUCUUGUGAGGAGACGUUACCAGCGCAUGCGUCGUUUGAAACACAAGAGCGCGACCACAAUUCAAGCAGCUUAUCGUGGUUACCGUGUAAGAAGAAAUAUGGUAGUCAUUAGAAGAAGACAGAAGAGAGCGAAAGAGAAACAAAGGGCCAAAGUAAGAGCAGCAGUUCAAAUUCAGUCCAAUUAUCGCGGUUACAAGGCCCGCAAGGAUGUUUCCAAGCUCAAAACGAUAGCAGCAAAAGUGGAAACCAAAAGGAUUUACUUCUUGCAGCAGAUCGAGGAUUCAUCAGACGUGUUGCUAAGAGCUCAGAAGGGACACAAAAAUGUGGAUCUCAAAAAGGGCGCUAUCGUGAUCAAAGAAGGAAGACGUAAAGAUCCUGAAGAGUUUUGGUCAGCCCCUGGAGUAGGACGUUUGACAAACGAUGAUGAAGAAGCGCUGGCCUCACAGCAAGAGACACAGAUGAUCUUCUUUAUACAACAGGUAAAUUCGUCCUGGAAUAAUCUGCUAGAACACACCAAAACACAACGACACUACAACUCCGAGCCACCGCCCAGUCCACCGACUCCGCCGAGACCGGUCAAAGUACAAGUACUUCCUAAGGGACCACCGCAAAGUGGACGACACCACGACAGAGCCCCUGCUAGUAAUGUCCCCAGAAGUCCACAACGAAGGAGCUUCGAAGUGCGGCCAAGAGAACUUGUGUUAGCGGAGAUGCAUAGCAAAGAUUCCUCACGAAGCACCCGUAGUUACAGGAAAGAGAUCUGGUCUGCAGGAGAUGAAACGUACUUUAAACAUUUCGCGGAUGACAGGCUGAAAAAGGAAUCUAAAGAUCAAGAGCGCCGUGUCCGAAAUAUGUUGUCUAUUGUUGUAGGAAAACCCUCUGACACUGUUGAGCGGACAGAGAGUCCUCCAAAAGAAACGGCAAAACCAACACCUGUAGUGGCAAAGGCCAGAAAUUUCUUUGAGAAUCAAGCAAAACCACCAGAACCAAAACCUGUCGUGAGAAGGACAAAGAGCAAUGAAUGGAAACCAAAACCAGCGCCACAGGAACCCCCCAAGAAGCCUGCAUCACCACCUGUUUUACAAGAAAAACCUGUUCGUGAAAAACCGAAACCAAAGGAGCCUCGAAAUCAAGCAGAUCUAGUCAGGCUUGCUCUGGCUCAACAGGAAAGACCACGCUCAUCUUCUGAGCCCGUCCAGGAAUUGCCUCGUAUUCCUCCUCCAGACUACAAGCUUCCUCCAGACUACAAGCUUCCUCCAGAAAAACUCGGCUAUUUACGUCACGUGACCCCAGGACCCAAACAAGUGAUGCCGGACAAUUUUCACGUAGAAAGCAUUCAUCUAAGACACGCUUAUCGACCCAGUUCCUCUCAAUCUGAGGUACCGCGCUACGCUCACUUACUGCGGAAGACUGGAAGGAGAGGAGAACUGGGGAUAGAAGAUGACGAGGACAGUGACGUCACACGAAUAUGCUUUAAUGUGCCUUUGGUCGGUGUGACGUGAGAGCAAACGACUGUGUUUUGCCCUUUGCAUUUAAAUCUGAGAUGAGUAGUGGGGCACUGAAGUUCAGAUUAGAAACGUAAAGGGGACUAGAAACUAAUUGAGCCGUAUCUAAAACAGACCGAGUAAAAUAUCGGGCUUGUCCUUACCCAGUCCUUUGCCAACAUAAAAAGAACGCUGACCAAUCGUAGUCGUGUUGUUAACAGGAUUUUUCAUUCCUCGUCGGCUACAUUGUGAAUUCAUUUGGACUUAGAAGUGUCACAAUUACUUCGAAAUCGAAUUUUGAUGCAAUAUGCACACGUUAUUUGUGAUUCAUAUUUAAUAUGCACGGUUUAUAACUUAAGUCCAGAUAAGUGUUAUUUAUGUAGUGGUAGAGUUCGUACGCAAUUUAUUUAAUAUCCUUGCAGAAAAUUGCUAAAACGACAAAUUGUUAUAUUUCGAAUUAUUUACUGCCUGCGGAUAAUACUUAGAAGUUUUUAUAAAUUGAGACCGUUGAACGGUGGCCGGGGUCUUAUUUAACAGCGAUUAAAACUUGACUUCUCUUUACAUUCGUGAACGCAUUGACAAGCAGUCAUGUGUUGAGAAUAUUACAGAUCAUCAAAUGUGGAAUAGUCGUGAUGUGUCUGUAAGUUCUCAAAUUAACUUGACAAGAAAAGUAAGGCAAUAAGUUAAGGUUACCGCAUGCCAUGUGUAAGCCAUAUAGCGCGUCCGAUUUAAACUGUAGAUUCCUAAACCCCUAUCUUAAAUUAUAGCUUAUAUAGCUGGCUAUCAAACUAUACCUACCUAUCACAUUUAGAGGUCAAAAGAAAAUUCGGCAUUUCAUUUUAUUUCAAAAUUCUUGGUAUAGUUUGAUAGCCAGCUCCAUAAGCUUCAAUUUGGUAUAGGAAACGUUCGGAAGAUUUGGUAGUUCGAGAUUAGAAACAAAAAGGUUUCAAUGCGAAAAAGGCCUAGAUAAGUUGUCUUUAUUUAAAUAUAUAUUUGAUAAAACGUGUAGUUAUAAAUUUGUUUAAACCAUUUAUUUUCGCCUGGGCGAUAUUUCAAUCUGUUUAUCUAUAUCUACAGUGCACUUGAUGCGUUUUUGUAAAAAAAAAAAUUUUAUAAUGAGCUGGCUCACACUAAAACUCUAAAAGUAAACUUUAAAUCUUUUCUUUAAUUAAAAGCACGUUCAAAACAGGUCGUUGAAAGUGUCCUUUUGCGAUUGAAAAAAAUCAUACCUGUAAGCAGUCAUAUUUUCUAUUUCCUUCAAAAUGUUGAAUUCCAGUGAAUCAAUAAAUACGAUAAUUAUUAUAUGUGAA